AUGGCGUUGGACAACUACUAUCGUAACAAAAUCGAGAGCAUGAAGCUCGAGAUCAUACAAGGCCAAGCAGUUUUACGAAGGUUAGAAGCUCAACGCAAUGAUUACAACUCCAGAGUCCGUCUUUUGAGGGAAGAGCUAGGCUUGCUGCAACAGCCUGGAUCCUAUGUUGGUGAGGUGGUCAAGGUGAUGGGCACCAAGAAGGUGCUCGUCAAGGUUCAUCCAGAGGGAAAAUACGUGGUCGACAUUGCCGAUAACGUCGAUGUUUCCAAACUCACCGUUGGCAAGCGUGUUUCCUUGCUUUCUGAUACAUAUAAGCUCGAAAAGAUGCUUCCGUCUUCCGUCGAUCCUCUCGUGUCGCUGAUGAUGGUCGAAAAGGUUCCAGACAGUACUUACGAUAUGAUCGGUGGACUUGACCAACAAAUCAAGGAAAUCAAAGAAGUUAUCGAGCUUGGAUUGAAACACCCUGAACUCUUCGAAUCGCUCGGUAUCGCCCAACCCAAGGGAGUGCUGCUUUACGGACCGCCGGGUACGGGAAAGACACUACUGGCACGAGCGGUUGCUCAUCACGCAGACUGCAAGUUCAUUCGAGUUAGCGGUUCGGAACUGGUACAAAAGUAUAUCGGUGAGGGAAGUCGAAUGGUGCGAGAGUUGUUCGUGAUGGCUAGAGAGCAUGCUCCUAGUAUCAUCUUCAUGGACGAGAUUGACAGCAUCGGAUCCAGUCGAGUUGAGGGUAGUAGUGGCGGUGAUUCUGAGGUUCAGCGAACAAUGUUGGAACUGUUGAACCAGCUGGAUGGUUUUGAGCCCACCAAGAACAUCAAAAUUAUUAUGGCAACCAAUCGAUUGGAUAUUCUCGACCCUGCACUGCUUCGACCUGGACGUAUUGACCGAAAGAUUGAAUUCCCACCUCCUACGGUGGAAGCUCGAGCGGACAUUCUACGCAUUCACUCGCGAUCCAUGAACCUGACGCGCGGUAUCAACCUGACCAAGAUUGCCGAGAAGAUGAACGGAUGCUCCGGAGCCGAGUUGAAGGGUGUCUGCACAGAGGCCGGCAUGUAUGCCUUGCGAGAACGACGAGUGCAUGUGACUCAGGAAGACUUUGACUUGGCGACGGCCAAGAUCUUGAACAAGCACGACGACAAGGAGGUCAGUCUGGGCAAGGUCUGGAAAUAG